AUGGAGAUUAGUGAGAGUCUGCAGUCGGUUGCAUCUCGACGCGGCACGACGAGACAUGCUGCGAAGCCACCGUCGAGUUUAGCUGCAUCUUCCUUGGAGAUGUCGCUGGUGUCUUUGGAGCGCCUGCCUCAAACCCCAGCUGUGCGACGCCUUUGUCCCGCAACCAUCGCCACUCCCCUCACGAUUGGCCAGAUUGCUGCCUCCUUCUCAGCAGGCUGGCUCGUGGCUGGUUGGCGCCCCUGGCAACACGUCCUAAUGCAUCGGGAAUCAGAGGCACAAGAGGUGCGGGUGCCCGUGCGAAAAGACCAGUCUUGUCAUGGGGACGCUGUCGGCUUCGGGAGUGAUGUGGGAGUCCGAGGCCCCUUGAAGUUUCGGCUGAAUGCCGCAAGGUACGCGGUUCCGUUUGACCCACUGCUCUUGUCCGUGCAUGACUCAGGAAGUGGCAAGAAGGGAGCUGGGCAGGCAGAAGGAAGCUUCGUGGCCGUGAACUGGCAGAAGUCUUGGUACACGAUUCUGGAUGGUAUCUGUACCUUUGUUCUGGCUUAUCAGCUUCGGAACGAAUUUGUCGCUCCGAACUCCGAGCUGAUCUUUAUGCAGAUGGAGACGCCGCUGCCGGGAUCCCGGGUGAGAUUCAC